AUGCAUCCCACCGUGCUCGUGGAAGUCGGAAAACUAAAUCCGCCACCCCGUGUGGAAGCCGCGAACGAGGACGGUUCUUCUAACCGCUUCCACAUUCACGGAUGCGCCUCCGGUCUGCAUUUUCUCGUCGACACAGGCGCCGAGAUCUCCCUCAUACUGGUCACGAAUCCGAUGGCAAAACCUGCAGCAUUGAAGCUUUUCGCAGCGAACGACACUAUCAUCAAAACCUACGCGGUCGCCAAUCCUAUUAUCGGAGCAAACUUGCUCGACCACUACGGUAUCGUUGUCGAUAUCCGCCGUCGUAAAUUGAUUGACCCAGCCGACAAGUCUUCGCCUGAUGGUUGUUUUAAACCUUGCGACAUAGCCUCCUUCAGUGUCCUCGAUCGCAGCUGUAGAUUUUCCGAAAUCGUUGCCCAACAUCCAGAAGAUUCCAGCUCUAAGCCAGGAAAACCCAUAACCUCACAAGACGUUUCUCAUCAUAUCGAGACUUCAGGCCCACCAGUUACCGAGCGAUCGAGGGGCCUCGACCCCGAAAAAUACAAGGUUGUUCAAGCCGAAUUUGACGAGUUAGUCAAACAAGACAUCUGCCGGCAAUCCAAAAGCCCUUGGGCGAGUCUAAUUCAUAUGGUGCGAAAGAAGGAUGCAUAA